GUGUAGGACAGAAAACAUCAAAUAAUAACAUCACCAGACAGCAUAUGGCAACAUUUACGCUUAGCCAGACCAGAGAGUUAUUUAAAUACAACAGCACUACAUAAAUGCAAAAGCAUAACAAAAAUUGUCACAACUAGAAUUCACAACGAAAAAACAUUGCUUUCAAGUCUGUACGCCCACUACCAUUUCACUGGAAUUUUGAAUACUCUUCAGGCUACACAAUAUACACAGAUCCAACAAAUGAUGUCUUUUAGGGGGAUCUUAAUCUCACAAAAUGUCACACUGUGUCACAAAGUUUGUGGUACAAAAAUGCCAAAUAAUCCACAGCAAAGAAUCCCCAUCAACAUUAAUGAUAUUCCUCUUGCCGAUCGUUUAACCAGACGGAUUGUUCUUCUGGGUAAAACUGGUGUUGGGAAGAGUGCAGUUGGAAACACAAUACUGGGAGAGAAUGUGUUCAGAUCUCGGCUGAGUACAAAAUCAGUAACCAGUAAAUGUUCAGAAGCCACUGUUCCAAACACUGUUUCAGGCAGAUCUGUGUCUGUAGUUGAUACUCCUGGAUUCAUUGACACACAGAUGAAACCUGAUGAGUUAAUAACAGAGAUAGCGAGAAGUGUUUAUUUAUCCAGUCCAGGACCUCAGGCUUUUCUCAUUGUGUUAAGAGCAUGUGACAGAUUCACUGAGCAGGAGCAGCUGAUUCUUGAGAAGAUUGAGACAUUGUUUGGUCAGGAGGUGUUAAAAUACUCCAUCAUUCUCUUCACUCAUGGAGAUAUGCUAGAAGACGAGACAGUAGAGGAGCUCAUUGAAGAGAAUAAAAAUUUAAGUAAGCUAGUUGAUCAGUGUGGAGGCAGAUAUCACGUCUUCAACAAUAAAGAUAAAAAUAACAGAGAGCAGGUGAAUGAUCUACUGCAAAAGAUUGAUGCAAUGAUAGAGCAGAAUGGAGGAGGACACUACAGUAAUCAGAUGUUUGAAGAUGCGAGAGGAAUCAAGCGAUUUCUGCUGUUUUUGGAAAAGUAUAAGCAUCAUAUUUAUAUGGCAGCCAUGGCAGCUGGUUUAUUAGUUGGUGGUGCAGUUGGAGGAGCUUUUGUUUAUGGAGUAGUUGGUGGGGCUGUUGGUGGGGCUGUUGGUGGAGGUGUAGUUGGAGGUGUAGUCGGUAAAACUAAAAGUGGAACUGUAACUGGAGCUGUUUGUGGAGCUGUUGGUGGAGCUGCUGUUGGUGCCGCUGUUAGUGGAGCUGUAGUUGGUGCAGCUGCUUCUGCCAGUGUUGGAGUUGCUGUUGCUAAUGCUGUUGGAGUUGUCAGUGGAGCUGCUGUUGGAGGAGCUGUUGGUGGAGUUUCUAGUGGAGAUGUUAAAGGAGUCGUUGCUGGAGCUCUUGCCGGAGCUGUUGUUGGUGGAGCUGCUGUUGGUGGAGCCGCUGUUGGUGCAGCUCUUACUGGCACUGUUGGUAAAGCUGCUGUUUCUGGAGCCAUUGCCGGUGGAACUGUUGGUGGAGCUGCCAUAGGUGGAGCUGUUAGUGGAAGUUUUGAUGGUGCUCUUAAGGGUGGAGUGGCUGUUGGUGGAGCUGUUUUUACUGGAGCGGCUGUUGGAAAAUAUGUUGUUGGUUUAGCGGUUGGUAGUGGACCUGUUGGUAGUGAUGCUUGUUGUGAAGUUGUUAGAACUGAUAUAGAAGUUGUUGAUGUUUGUGCACCACAGUUACCGAGCACCACAGUUACUGAGUUAAAAGAGUACAUCUCAAUGGAGAAAAUAGAUUUCAAUUAUUUGUUUAAAGUGAGUACUCUAACAAUGUAGUCUUAAAAACUUAAACAUUAAACCAUAUGUCUUCACAUAAGUAGCAAAGACACUGCAAAUGUAUCUGCAGAUACUGUUUUACAAAUAGAACAUAUAUAUAAUCUUAAUAUAGAGUCUAAACAGAUCAUUGCCUGUUUUUACUAAAACACAAAAAAUUUACUUAACAGGACUAUAUGUUAUAAUCCCAAAUUUUCAAAAUUUAACUUAUUCUCAACAUUACAAAACAUAUGACUGUUGGAUUAUCUGUUCGGUGUCUUUAAUGUAACAGUUGAUGAUUUUAUUUACAUUCAGUUGAAGUCAGAUUAAUUUCUUUAGUUUAUUUUGAUCAUCUCAAUGUUUUUUGUCUCAUGCAUUCCCCCUGGCUGUAAGAACUUUGCGAGUGUAGUUGACUAAUUUUGAAUAUCAGAUUUGUAUUUGUAGUUGAUUUUAAACACUAAUUGAAUUUUAACACAAUUUAUAUUGUCCACUUUUGUUCUUAUCAAGAAUGUUUCUUUAUGUAUUACAUCAAUAAAUGUAUUCCAGUUUAUGAAUAAUUUCUAUAAAUGUCACAUGAUGUUUCGUUUGGCUUUUAAAAUAAAAAUAGCCUUCUCUGUUUAAAUGUGAUAUUUAUUAGUGGUUCCAUUCUUUUUUUAACAUUGAACACUGUAAAUCGUUGUCCUGUAAUUUAAUGGUACAACACUGUUGCCAGUAAUUUACUGUUAAUUGUACAGUUCUUUACUGUAAUCUACUUUACAGUAUGUUACUCUAAAAUACCAUGCACUUGCAGUGCUACGACCUCCCAUCAGCAUAUGACUCCACAGUACCUUAAGAGUGAAUUAAAAUCGGUGCUUUAAAUAAUGGCAUUCCUGAAAGUGUUAUGUAACAGUUUUCUUCCCAUAUUGCAUUGCAGUUUACAGUAUGACCAUGUCUGAAAAACUGCUUGAUUUCACAGUGAAUUUACAUCAGAGUUUUACACUGUAAGUGUGCAUGUGUAAGUGCUUUAAAUCCACAGUAUGUUUCUGUAAUAAUAUUACCCAGAAUUCUGUUCACAAUGCAACUUUUACCAGCAAUUUUUUACAGUAUAGGGCAGGGGUCUUCAACUACUUACUUACUUUCUUUGAGGGCCAGAUUCCAAAAGUAUAAAUAGGAUGCGGGCCAGUUUUGCCCCACGCACUUAUAGGGUACACUGUAAAAAAAGAUUGUAUUUUAACAGGAAAAAAACUUAAUAUUUUACUGUAAUUUUUUCUUUUUUUUAAAUUGUAUACAAAUUUCAUUAAAAUUACAGACAAUUAUCUGUUAAUUAAUAACCCACAUAUUAUUUUACGUGUUAAGACAAUAAUGACAAAUUACAUGUUUUUCUUGUUUUUGUAGAGAAAAAAUA